ACACACACACACACACACACACUCUAUCUCGGACAUUCUCCCAUUAUUUCUUCCCUUCCUGUCCCCACUCCCCCCAAUACCCAAACCUGUAUUCUGGAGACUUGUUGCAAGCAACCCUGUUCUCUGGCCGACCAUUGAGGCGAAAGUUUUGUCUGCAGGAGCAAAGGACGGGGCGAGCGCCCGAGGCAGCACCAGCAGCAGCCCAGCAGCAGCAGCAGCAGCAGCAGCAGCAGCAGCAGCAGCAACAACAACCGCCGCCGCCACCGCCGCCGCAGCUGCAGCAGUCCCAGCAGCAGCAGCAGAUGGUGCUAGGGAGGAGAUGGUUGUGCGGGCUCUGUUAGCCUCAGAGUGGGCACGCUAAGAGCUCGGCUGACCCGUCUCUCUGUUCCGGUGUCCCAAGAGCUUUUUCUGAUCAAUUCCAGUUCCCAAAAAAAGCAUUUGGCAAUGGUGAAGCUUGCAUGGCUCUGCUCUGAGUUGUGGUAGACCAGGAGUGCAGAGGUGUGAUGCCCACUAGCAAAAAGGUGUCUAGCUGUGUGUUGCUGUCCUGCCAUACUAUGCGUAUCACACAAACAGUGAUCCCUGACCUUUUUAUGGCUGUGAGCCACUUUAAAAGUUCAGGGGUAAGAAGUGACCUUCUGGGGUGGCUGUAACUGAAGAUUGCUUUACAGUAACUUAAAAAGGUUUUUGAGUCAUGAUGCAAGAAUCUGGGCCUGAGACAAAAAGCAACGGUUCAGCCAUUCCGAAUGGAGCAGGAGGUGGCAACCACUUAUUGGAGUGCGGCAGCCUACGGGAAGGGAGAGCGAACGGCGAGACACCGUCGGGGGAGAUUGGUGCGGCAGAUUUAGCACAUAUCCAGCAGCAGCAGGCUCUUCAGGUGGCAAGACAGCUUCUUCUACAACAGCAACAAGUUAGUGGAUUAAAGUCCCCCAAGAGGAAUGACAAACAGCCAGCCCUUCAGGUUCCUGUGUCAGUGGCUAUGAUGACACCUCAAGUUAUCACUCCCCAGCAAAUGCAGCAGAUUCUCCAGCAACAAGUGCUCACCCCCCAGCAACUCCAGGUCCUGCUUCAGCAGCAGCAGGCACUCAUGCUUCAACAGCAGCAGCUUCAAGAGUUUUACAAAAAACAACAGGAACAGUUACAGCUCCAACUUUUACAACAACAACAUGCUGGAAAACAGCCUAAAGAGCCACAACAACAGCAGGUGGCAGCUACCCAGCAGUUGGCCUUUCAACAACAGCUCUUACAGAUGCAGCAGUUACAGCAACAACACCUCCUCUCCUUGCAACGACAGGGCCUGCUAACCAUUCAGCCUGGACAACCUGCCCUUCCCCUCCAACCUCUUGCUCAAGGCAUGAUUCCAGCCGAACUGCAGCAGCUCUGGAAAGAAGUGACAAGCUCGCAUCCAGCGGAAGAAACCCCGAGUAACAACCAUAGCAGCUUGGACCUGUCUUCCACAUGUGUCACCACCUCCUCUGCACCUUCCAAGACCUCCUUAAUAAUGAACCCCCACGCCUCUACAAACGGACAGUUAGCGCCAGUCCAUACUCCGAAAAGGGAAAGUUUAUCCCAUGAGGAUCACCCCCAUAGCCACCCACUCUAUGGACAUGGCGUUUGCAAGUGGCCAGGCUGUGAAGCAGUGUGUGAAGAUUUUCAAUCAUUUCUAAAACAUCUCAACAAUGAGCAUGCGCUGGACGAUAGAAGCACAGCUCAAUGUAGAGUACAGAUGCAGGUUGUUCAACAGUUAGAGCUCCAGCUUGCAAAAGACAAAGAGCGCCUACAAGCGAUGAUGACCCACCUCCACGUGAAAUCAACUGAACCCAAAGCCACCCCUCAGCCUUUGAAUCUGGUAUCAAGUGUCACACUCUCCAAAACAGCAUCAGAGGCUUCUCCACAGAGCUUACCUCAUACUCCUACUACCCCUACAACACCCAUCACUCCUGUCACCCAAGGACCUUCUGUCAUCACUACCACCAGCAUGCACAAUGUGGGACCCAUCAGAAGGCGGUACUCAGAUAAAUACAAUGUGCCCAUUUCUUCAGAUAUUGCGCAGAACCAAGAAUUUUAUAAGAACGCAGAAGUUAGACCACCCUUUACAUAUGCAUCUUUAAUUAGGCAGGCUAUUCUUGAAUCUCCAGAAAAGCAACUAACCCUAAAUGAAAUCUAUAACUGGUUCACGCGAAUGUUUGCUUACUUCCGGCGCAAUGCAGCCACAUGGAAGAAUGCAGUGCGUCAUAAUCUUAGUCUUCACAAGUGUUUUGUGCGAGUAGAAAACGUUAAAGGGGCAGUAUGGACAGUGGAUGAAGUAGAGUUCCAAAAACGAAGGCCACAAAAGAUCAGUGGUAACCCUUCUCUUAUUAAAAAUAUACAGAGCAGCCACGCCUACUGUACACCUCUCAAUGCUGCUUUACAGGCUUCAAUGGCUGAGAAUAGUAUACCUCUCUACACUACUGCUUCCAUGGGUAAUCCCACUCUGGGCAAUUUAGCCAGUGCUAUGAGGGAAGAGCUGAAUGGUGCAAUGGAGCAUACCAACAGUAAUGAAAGUGACAGUAGCCCGGGCCGUUCCCCUAUGCAAGCAAUGCACCCUGUGCAUGUCAAAGAGGAGCCUUUAGAUCCAGACGAGAAUGAAGGUCCACUCUCCUUAGUGACAACAGCCAACCACAGUCCAGAUUUUGACCAUGACAGAGAUUAUGAAGAUGAACCUGUAAAUGAGGACAUGGAGUGAAUGUCUGAUAUCCUUACCCUGAGAAAUGAAGAUUGGGAAAAAAGAAACAGAAACAAAACACGUCAAAGUCCGCUGUGAAAUCUCUCCAUUAUUGUACAGUCUGGGGGAUUUUCACUCCAUUUUGACAACUCUGAAAUGUGUUAACUCUUAGUGCCAUCAAGUAUCCCAUUUGGGAGUAUUUUUGAUUUUUCUACUUUUUGUUGAAAAAAGGAAUUUGUACUCUGUGCAUUGGAUGGACUUGUUUGGUACUUGGGAUUUUCCUCUCUUACAGUCAACAUCAGUGUUGUAAAUUUGCUAAACUGAUUCACUUACAUUUAGCAGCAGACUUUGGACUGCAGUCCUGCCAAUCACAGACACUGAGGACGUCAGACUGAGCAUGCUCACCUAAACUGCAGAUCAAGCCUUUGCCCAGAUUUUAAGGAUUCCAAUGGACCACAUAUUUGCACAGUACUUACUGCAUGCUGAUUAUCACUGCCUUUACUCCAAUUUUUUUUUUUUUUGCUUCCAUUUGGGAUGGGGAAGGCCUCUGUGUGUGUAUUGGGGGGUGGGGUUAAAGAAUAAUUAUCCCAAACUUUUUAAUGUAUUGCUUUUUUUUUUUUUUGGCUUCUACUAUACCAUUUUAAGUUCUGACCUCAGGCCUCAAUUUGGGCCCAGGGCCUCUUUGAGGCUUUAAUGUUUUCUGUACUCUGUGAUGAAUGUUAAUAGGUGUUUUUAUUAUACAAAGCUGAAUGUCAUUUUCUUGUUUGUAGUUUUCUGUCAUUCAUUCCAGUUUCCUUCAGAUAGCACCCAUGUUUUCUUUCAAUUCAGAAAACAUUCCGUUUUGGUCUUUGCAAAGAAGGUCCCAAAUGCUGCACUCUACCCCAAUGAAGGUUGUCCAACUCCAAAGGAUGAAAUCCUGCAAGAAUGAGAAUGAAUGACAGACAGACAGACAGAGAACACUGUAGAAAGCAACGCAGAUUCAUUCCACAAAGCAGUAUUUGGGAAUUUUGUCUUAGGGUUGUUUUCUUGGCAGCCACAGUGAUCGUUUUUAAAUGCCACUUCAUCUGUAACAUCACCAGGAUAUUUAGCACCAAUUGAAUUCAGUAGCAGCUAGUAUCAGUCAAUCAAAAAGAGCCUACUAUGUGUCAGUCACUGUGCUAGGCUCUGGGAACACAGACAAAUAAGAGUGCCAUGGCAGACACUCCCUUGUUUGACACAAGUUUGGAUGGACCAACAGCUCUCUGAAGUAGUCCUAAGGAUCUGUGCAGGGUACCCAAAUGGGUUACUUUGUCUACAAAGUGGUGAAAAAUGUCACAGACUUCACCAAAUGCCAUUCCUGAAAGUAGUGGUGUUGUCACUUAAUUUAAGCAUCCAUCCAUUAGGGACUGCUUGGUGGCAUUAAUCUGCUUGAAUGCAAAAUCUGAUUUCAGAUUGAACCUGUUAUGGAAAUUGUUAAGGACUGAGCCCAGGAAAUGUUAAAGUGUUAAUGAUUCCAAUUGUGCAAAUCCUGUACUGCAGUUUUGUUGGUUCUACAAUAUUCCUAUGCCAACUUGGAUCACGCACUCAGAGUGAGAGAGAUGAUGGCGGUCUCAGGCCUGGAGCUUGCCUUUUGGAGCUCAGCGGUUCUCAUCUCUCGCGAUUGCGGAGAGAAAGCUGGAAUUCUCAGUCACCUCAGUCACCAAACCCCUGAGCAUGUUCAAUUCUGCGACCACUUUUGUCACUCAGUUAUUUAUGUAGGAUGGUAGCUUAUUUUUUAUUUUAGUUUGAAAGCCUUUCAGAGCUUAAUUUAUAUUCUCCUUUGUACUUUUUUUCUAAAAUUACCAAAGAUAUUACACAAAGGUAAAUUAUGUUCUCUGUUAUAUGCUUUAUCGUAUGAAGCCAAAUAUCCUCUUAUUGUUGAUCAAAGGAGGUGAAAGAAUUUAGUGGGAAAUGACAAGAUAUGGGCUAUUGCUAACCUGAGAGAGAACUGCUCCUUUAUUCUAUAAUAAAUUUAGAAGGCCAAGUAGGUAAUGGAACCAAAGUUGUUGCUUUUUUAAAUUUUAUUUAAUUUUUUUUUGUGCACCUCUACAGUGACUGAAGCUCACUACUGUAAGGAAAAAUAUGGGGGCUAUCAAGGAUCAAAGUAGGGAACCAGUAUUAAAGGAACUACAGAGGGGGAGAACACUCCCACAACAACAACAAAAAAAAAGUGAAUGUAUGUUGCAGAAAAUUAGUGUAUCCAAUAAAGGAGACAGUUAAAUAAAAUUCAGAGAGAACAAGAGAAGCUUCCAUGAUUGAACUGGGACACAAAAUAGAUUUUCUAGGGGGAAAAAUGUUUGUUUGACAGAUAGUAUGCCACAUUUUCUUUUUCCAGGGUUGUGCUCUGAUCACAUCUCCAGUUUUGGUUUAUCUUGGCAUAAUUUCUCAGUUUUUGUUGUUUAGGUUUUAUUCACCAUUUUCCACAAAGAAAUAACACUCCUGUCCACUCGUAAGCUUGGUACAAGAAACAGAAACUUGAUUGGCAGUUACUCUUUGGAGUUCCAUCCACUCUGCUUCCCACCACACAAAGGGCAGUCUGUGGUCAUUUUAAACUUACCCUGAUGUGCGGGCAGUAGCCCGAUGGGAUCAUGAGAAGUGGGCCCUGUAUUUCUAAACUGAGUGGGUUGCUGGCUAGUUCGGUAUUCAAAAGAGGAUAAAAAUCUGGUAGAUUAGUUCAUUCUCAGCAUGUGUAGCUAGACAUGAGUAAAGAGAACAGCAUGAGAAACUGUUAGUUCGCAUACCUCAGUUCAAACCUUUAGGGAAUGAGUAAAAGAAAAGUACAUUGCACUCAGUUGCACUUAGUUGUAUGUCUUGCAUGCUUAGUCUAAAGACUGUAGCAAAAAAAUAAAAAAUAAAAAUAAAAAGAGAGAAAAAUUAGAUUUUAUGUCUCUUGCGGGUGUCAUGACCUCGCAGAAGAACCAACUGAAAAAAAAAAUCUCAGGCUUUCUUUCCGUCAAGCAAAUUUCACUCUGAUUUUUACAGUUCUGAUUCUGUAUCCCUCUGAGUACCCAAUUGCUUCCUUAGGGUGGGGUUUAUUAUGUUGUACAUAUAUAGCCCGCUGUGUCUGUGUGAGCUUUUGUCUUUUUUGGGGGAGGGCAGAGGGAGGUUCAUUUUUUAGAUAUUGUUCCUAAAAAGGAAUAAAUGCAUACACCUGUUUGUCAAAACACCUUUCUUUUUUUUUUUUUUUGUGCAACUGCUUUAUAUUAACUAUACUAAAAAUAGCUUUGGGAAAAAAACCUACUGUAUGUAAUGGGAUUGCAGAGUGUGCUGCACAUGUAUUUCAUUUAGUUAUCCUUGCUUUAAGAAUAUUGGAUGACAUUUCCUGACAUGUGGGAGAAAAGCCCUGAAACCCCCCCCCUUUUUUUUUUUGGCUUUUAAAUUGUAACAUAGUUGACAGAUUUUGUUUUGUGUUUUUUUCUGUUAUCAUUGAUUGAAGCAUUUUGUACAGUUGUGUUUUUUGUGUGUGUUAAGCUUUUUUUUAUACUCCCCCCCCCCGCCUCCCCCCCCUCCACGUUGUGUUAUUCUACCACUGACAUUUCUGGCUGUCUUCAAUGAGUUCCUAACAUUUGAAAAGGAAAAAAAAAUGUUGUUGAAAAAUGUUUUCUCCUGCUGCAGUAAAUAUUUUGCAUGAUGAAAGUCCAGGGUCACACUUUCAAAGUUUAUCAGUGAAGUAGUGAUUAAUAAUGGGGAGUGUCAAAAUAUUGAACUUUUGUAUAAAAAAAAAAAACUUUACAAGGUGCCAAGAUGUAAAGACAAUUUGUUACAUGUUUUUUUUCUCAAAGAAAAGCGUACAUUAUGAAAGUAGUACCAUGUAUCAGGUAAACAUGCUGUCAGGAAUGAGGGUCCAGCCUUCCUUGUCCCCAGAGUUUGUAAAUGUGAAACCUGUAUGGUUUCUGCAUUUGACUAGCAGAAAAAUGACCUAUCAAGGCUUAUGUAGAAUAAUUGUGACUACCAAGCUGGCUGUCCCUUUUUUUUGAUGCUGACAUAGGAUGGUUCUUACCUAAUUCCCAAUGCUCUGUCUCAGAAUUGCUAUGGGAUACCUCAGAUUUUCAAUCUAGAACUACUGUGCAAAUCACUAGAUAUUUUAUCCAAAAAAAAAAAAACACUUUUUAAGGGGGGAGGGGGGAAGCCUUGAGAAUUCUUGUAGUUUUCAGAUAACAGGUGAGCCCCAUUUCUUAAGAUCACAAAGACCGUGCAUAGAAUGGUUUUCAAUCUCUUUGGUACCUUUUAGUUGAUAACUUACACCGAGUUUUGGGGAUAUUUAGAAAAGAGUUUUAGCUUUCUUAUCUCAAGGAUCAAAUUGACAGCUCGAGUGGCAUUUCACGGGUCUGCCAUAGUUUAUGAACUAUCUGCUACACAUAAGCCUUGAUGAAAAUGGUACAGUCCAGACUGUUAGCAUGGUGCUGUGUGUGUAUGUGCUGCCAGUAACGAGAUUUUUUUUGAUAAGGCAUAAAAGAAACUCAUUCCUUACAUCAACUGUAAUUCCAUCAUUCCAUGUCUGUUGAUACAGACAAUAAAAAAAAUGUUGUGUAGUCAGUACUAAUUACUGACAUUAUAGCAUUCUCAAAUGCAAUAAAAAUGCUGGUUGUUCACACUGGUU